AUGGCACCAAAACGCAAACGGACAACCAGCGUUGCUGCCCCAGCUCGUCGUCAGAUCCUCGUAGGUGUGGACUUUGGGACCACCUUUUCUGGAGUUGCAUGGGCUCAGACUUCUUGUCCUGAGUUACAAAAUACAAUCAUUCAGUGGCCUGACAGAGACGGCUCACUUGAAGGUCAAACCAGCGAAAAGGUUCCAACUGAGUUGUCAUACACCGACACUGACUGUCUCUGGGGUUUCGGGAUCCCUGAUGAGCAGCCACGUCAUCAAUGGUUCAAACUUGCUCUGGAUCCCAACCAGAAAUCGAAUGAAUUGUCUCUCCUGGCGGUUGACUAUCCCGAUCCGAAAGCUCUGCCUCCAGGAUACAACGACGAGCCGAGCAGGACGAAGCUGGUAACAGACUACCUUAGAGAGCUUCAGCAGCACACGGAAAAGAUUCUCAGACGGAAACUCGGUGAUAGCAUCUUCGACACAACUCCCCUUCGCUACACAAUCACCGUGCCAGCCGUCUGGAGUGACUCUGCCAAAGCUAGAACACACGGAUGUGCUUUUGGAGCAGGAAUGGGUAGUGACAUCCAAAUUGUCUCGGAACCGGAAGCUGCAAUCAUGUACGCUUUAAACACCAUGGAUCCACAGAACCUUCGCGUCAAAGACAACUUUGUUCUCUGCGAUGCUGGAGGAGGCACUGUUGACCUGAUCACAUACACGAUCCGAUCGCUCAAGCCUAAACUCAAGGUGCGGGAGGCAGUACCCGGCGGUGGAGGUGCGUGCGGGAGCACAUUCUUGAACCGCAUCUUCCGCAGAUAUCUUGAAGAAAAUUUUAGUCACCUGGAUGGCUUUGACGACGACACUUUGGAAGAUGCCCUGAAUGAGUUCGAGAACAUCACAAAGCGCAGAUUCACUGGCCAAGAGCAAAGCAUCGUCAUUCGUGUCCCUGGGCUGACGGACAACAUCGCAAAGGGCAUCAAGCGUCAGAAGCUCACCAUUAAGGCAGCCGUCCUCAAAGAUCUCUUCAACCCUGUCAUGACUGCUAUCACAACUCUUGUCAAACACCAGCUACAACAAUCCAAGGGGGCAAGGGCAGUUAUUCUCGUCGGAGGCUUUGGCCAGUCACCCUAUCUUCGCAGUUGUAUCCAGCAGGUCAUUGGGAAGGACAUUGAGAUCAUGCAGCCCGCGUACGGUUGGACAGCUCUUGUACGUGGAGCGCUCCUACAUGCGCUGCAUGAUACCACGCCCGACGAAUUAAGAGUCACUGUCGAUUCCAGGCGCGUCCGCAGAGCAUAUGGUAGCCGGUGCUUGAAGCCGUAUGAUAUACGCUAUCACAUGGGCUUUGCAAAAGACUGGAACGAUUUUCAAGGACGAUAUGACGUUACGGCGAUGAGAUGGUUUGUGCAGAAAGGUCACGAGGUUGAUCAGGAGACUCCAGUGAUUACUGAAUGGUUCUUGCCCAGACUGGUCUCUGAAGGUCCAUACCAAGUCAGAAAUUUUACACUGUAUACCUUUACUCCUGAGCACGAAGAACCCGCACCGAAAUUCCCAUGUGAAGAAAUAAAGGAGUUUGUGACCCUGACCGCCGACCUGGCUUCCAUUGACCACAGCGAAAUUCCGAUCGAAGUUGGCAAGGAUGGGAAGGACUACUAUGUGCUAGACUACCAAAUCAAGGUCGCCUUUUUCUCAGCACACAUGGAGUUCUCUCUAUGGCGUCGUGGCAAACAGUAUGGCAUGGUGGAGGCGGAGUUUCUUUAA